GAGAUAGAUAGAGGUGGGGAAGCAGCAUAACAGGUGCAGUGAGGAGGGUGGAAAGGAAGAAGGAAGCAUGUUUUCAAUUGUAAGGAGAAGCAAAGCAAUCCCGUUAUUCUUGUUCUUCCAAAGUGGGCACAGCCCUUCUCCCUGUUUGGGAUUAUCGAAAACCCUGAAUAACGGGGUUGAGCAGCAACAGCGGCGACACAAGUGGGAUGACGGAUACGAUCACAUUAGAGGGGAAGUGAACUGUCCCCGUUGCUCCGACAACAUGUCCCUCACAUUCUCCAACAGACCAUUGUCCAUUUCGGGAGCCCAGCAUGGUCUCUACCAGGCCCUCAACAUCUGCCCCUCUUGCAAAUCCGCCUUCUACUUCAGGCCCCACAAGCUCUUUCCUCUCCACGGCUCCUUCGUCGAGAUUCCCAGGCCCAGGCCCAGGCCCAGGCCCAGGCCCAGGCCCAGGCCCGCCCUCAAACACCAUCCACCCACUCCCACUCCCAAACACAUAUUCGACGCCCUCAACCACUUCGUCGUUGGUCAGCACCACGCGAAAAAGGUGCUCUCGGUGGCUGUUUACAACCACUAUACCAGGAUACGCCUCAACCAACAUACUAACACAAGUGAAGACGACGUUGAGGCGGAGAAAAGUAACAUCUUGCUCCUUGGUCCUACAGGCUCAGGCAAGACUUUACUCGCAAAAACACUCGCCCGUAUCGUCAAUGUUCCAUUUGCAAUUGCCGAUGCAACAAGCUUGACACAGGCAGGUUAUGUAGGAGAAGACGUGGAGUCAAUUUUAUACAAGCUUCUUGUGGAAGCUGAUUUCAAUGUGCAAGUAGCUCAGCAUGGGAUCGUCUACAUUGAUGAAGUCGAUAAGAUUACUAAGAAGGCUGAGAGUUUGAACAUUGGAAGAGAUGUAUCCGGGGAGGGUGUUCAGCAGGCCUUACUGAAAAUGCUGGAAAGCACUGUAGUGAGUGUACCUGAUAAAGGAGCUCCCGGGCAUCAUUCUGGUGAUAGCGUUCUGAUAGAUACGAAAAAUAUUCUUUUUAUAUGUGGAGGGGCCUUUGUGAAUUUGGAGAAGACCAUCUCUGAAAGGAGGCAAGAUUCAUCAAUUGGCUUUGGAGUACCAGUUCGUGCAAAUAUGAGGGCCUGUGGAUACAAUGAUGCUAUAGUUACAUCAUCACUUCUAGAGAAUGUAGAAAGUGGUGAUCUAAUUGCUUAUGGCCUUAUACCUGAAUUUGUGGGGCGUUUUCCAAUUUUAGCUGGUUUGUGUGCUUUGAAUGAAGACCAACUUUUCCAGGUCCUUGUUGAACCUAAAAAUGCCCUUGUUAAACAGUACAAGAAGAUGUUCAGAAUGAACAAUGUCAAUUUACAUUUCACCGACAAUGCUUUGAGAUUGAUUGCCAAAAAAGCUAUGGCAAAGAACACUGGCGCCCGGGGUUUACGAGCCUUGAUAGAAGAUGUUCUUACUGAAGCGAUGUUCGAGAUUCCAGACAUGGCCAACAUUGAUAAAAUUAAAGAGGUCUUGGUUGAUGAAGAGGCCGUUGGAUCAGUGAAUGGCCCUGGCAGUGGAGCAAAAAUCUUGUACAGAGAUGAUGUCGAAUUGGACGGUCCAGCAAGAACCACAUGUUUGUAAACAGUGAAUAUAUUAGUGUACAUACCCAUACCCUCAUCGCUGUGAGAGGCUCUUCAUAUGAACCAAACUGUUAAUAAUGUAUAGCCAAUAAGCAUUGUAUAAUGUUAAAUUUUUCAUGUUGUUAUAACAAUUUCUCUAAUUUAGUCUCCUUGAACUCGAAACAAGUGAGAAGAAAAUUAAUUGCAAGAACUGAAAGACAAGAAUAGGGAGCAUUGGGAGAUCAGCCGCGUGGACGAAACAAGAUCUGGCAUUAGGCGACAGUUUAGGGCGCUUGCCUUUCAUAGUCUUGAUUCGGCCCAACUGGUUCAGCUAAGAAAUAGCAAUAAAUUAUUAAAUAUCUGAAUUUUUGUGAAGACUUGAUUAACAUCCGUGUGCACUUUCUUUCUCCUGAAUCUUGAGUUCGCAGCGAGUCU